CCCUGAGCCCUGCCUACACCAGGGUCUGUCCCCGCCACUUUCCCUCCCUGCGAGGCUGCGGGAGAAGCUCAGCUGACCUGGGGGCGGGUCUGGGCCGCCUCUGGGCGGGGACAGAGCGGCCAAGCCUGGCCUAGGGCAGGGGCGACACUGCCGGGUCCCUGCUGCUAGCGGUCAGCAUGCAUCUGCACCUGCUCCCGCUGUUGGCGCUGUGCGGGGCCGGUUGCGUGGUGGCGGGUCCCAGCUACAGCCUGCGGGGGAGCUGGCGGGUGAGCAACGGGAACGGCUCCCUGGAGCUCCCGGGGACCGUCCCGGGCUGCGUGCACAGUGCCCUGUACCAGCGCGGGCUGAUCCAGGAUCCUUACUACAGGUUUAAUGACCUUCGCUACAGGUGGAUUUCCUUAGAUAACUGGACCUACAGCACAGACUUUAAAAUCCCCUUUAACGUCAGUGAAUGGCAGAAAGUAAGGUUGAUUUUCGAAGGAGUUGAUACAGUUGCACAAAUCCUGUUCAAUAAUGUCACUCUCGGGAAGACGGACAACAUGUUCACUGGAUACAGCUUUGACAUCACCGGUGUGGUCAGAGACGUGAACUCCUUACAGCUGCGCUUCCAGUCAGCAGUGCAAUAUGCUGAGCGUCAGAGCAAAGCUCACACCAACUACUCCGUACCACCAAACUGCCCCCCAAAGGAGCAGAAAGGUGAAUGCCAUGUCAACUUUAUCCGAAAGGUAAAAGCUCUUUCAAACGCAUGGGCUCUGAGGCUACUGUGUGACUGGCUUCCCUCUUGGCCCAAAGAGAGCAUGGGACCGGAUGUGGGGAUCAGAUCCUACUCUCUCUGCCUCCUAAAUGCUUGUGUUCUUUCCUUCCUUGGUGCUGUAGAUAAUGCUUCUCGGGAGUGGAAUGUUGAAAUAGAGGCUUCUUUUGACGUUGUCAGCUCAAAGCCAGUUGGUGGUCAGGUGACUGUAGCCAUCCCUAAACUGCAAACACGGCAGACAUUUGACAUUGAACUUCAGCAGAGGCAAAGAACGGUUAAACUCCUUGUGAAAAUUAGCAAGGACAUUGCUGUGGAACUCUGGUGGCCUCGUGGACAUGGAAGUCAGACUGGAUUCAACAUGACAGUUCUCUUUGUGCUGGAUGGAGGCUUAAAUAUUGAAAGAUCAGUCAAGGUUUAUUUCAGGACAGUGCAACUUAUCGAAGAGUCCAUAAAAGGAUCUCCUGGCCUGAGUUUCUACUUCAAAAUUAAUGGACUUCCUAUAUUUCUGAAAGGCUCAAACUGGAUCCCAGCUGACUCAUUCCAAGAUAGAGUGACUCCCGAACUGUUGCAGGUCCUUCUGCGGUCUGUUGUGGAUGCCAACAUGAACACUCUACGGGUGUGGGGAGGAGGUAUCUAUGAGCAGGAUGGAUUCUAUGAACUUUGCAAUGAACUUGGAAUCAUGGUAUGGCAGGACUUUAUGUUUGCCUGCGCCCUUUAUCCAGUUGGGCGGAGCUUCGUGGAGUCAGUGAGAGCUGAAGUUGCUUACCAGAUCAGGAGACUGAAAUCUCACCCCUCCAUCAUCAUAUGGAGUGGUAAUAACGAGAAUGAAGUGGCCUUGAGGGUGAACUGGUUUCAUGUAAAUUCCAGUGACUUGGAAACCUACUUUAAAGACUAUGUGACCCUCUAUGUGAGAAACAUCAGAGAGAUUGUCUUAUCAGAAGACAAGAGCCGUCCUUUUAUUGUGUCCAGUCCUACCAAUGGGGUCAAAACCAUGGCAGAAGGCUGGAUCUCUAACGACCCUAACAGCAACCAUUAUGGCGAUGUCCAUUUUUAUGACUAUUCCAAUGACUGCUGGAAUUGGAAGAUGUUCCCCAAAGCCCGGUUUGUAUCCGAAUAUGGCUACCAGUCCUGGCCUUCCUUUAGUACACUAGAGAAGGUCUCGUCUAAAGAGGACUGGUCUUAUAGUAGCGGCUUUGCCCUUCACCGACAGCAUCAUGGAAAUGGUAACGAUGAGAUGCUUGAGCAGGUUCAGCUCCACUUCAGACUCCCCCGAAGGACAGAUCCCUUACGUAAAUUUAAAGAUAUGAUCUACCUUACUCAGGUGAUGCAGGCCCAGUGUAUCAAGACAGAAACUGAAUUCUACAUGCGCAGCCGCAGCGAGAUAGUGGACGGACAAGGCCACACCAUGGGGGCACUGUAUUGGCAGCUGAAUGAUAUCUGGCAGGCUCCUUCCUGGGCCUCUCUUGAGUAUGGAGGAAAAUGGAAAAUGCUGCAUUACUUUGCUCAGCGUUUCUUCGCUCCGCUGCUGCCAGUGGGUUUUGAAGAUAAAGGUGUGUUUUAUGUCUAUGGUGUGUCAGAUCUUCACAGAGACUACAAAACAAGGCUCACUGUGAGGCUCCAUACCUGGAGCUCCCUGACGCCUUUGUGCUCUGUUGUGACUUCAAGCGCUGUGAUGAAAGCAGGGGAGGCUGCGAUUCUCUACCAGGAGCCGGUGCCUGAUCUGCUGAAGAGAUGCGGGGGCUGUACGAGGGAAAGCUGUGUGGUUUCCUUCCACCUUUCUACUCACGUUGACGUCUUCAGCCCAACCAACUACCAUUUCCUGUCCUCCCUUAAGGACGCCCAAGGGCUGGUCAAGGCCAACAUCACUGUCACCAUCUCUCAGAAGGGUGAUUUAUUUGUGUUUGAUCUGAGAACUUCUGCCGUCGCUCCCUUUGUUUGGUUGGAUGUAGGGAGCAUCCCAGGGAGAUUCAGUGAUAACGGCUUCCUCAUGAUCAAGAAGAUGCGCUCUGUACUGUUUUAUCCUUGGAAGCUCACCAGCAAGAGUGAGCUGCAGCAGGCUUUCACUGUGACCUCCCUGACAGAUACCUACUGAAGCCACGUGGCUGGAUUUCAGCAGACACUGGGAACGAAGCCUCGCUAAAGCAUGACUGGAGAGAAAGGCAGCCUGAGGUAAAGCGGAGAAGCCGCUGCAUAUCUGCUAGCUGGUGUGCACCACUCUUCACGCGUCCAGUUAGUACAAUAGCUGUUUUUAAAGAUGUUUGAUCACCCAGGUGAUGCCCUUGGACAAGGUCAUGCCCAGGUGUUCUUGAGUCUCCCAGGGUUGUGGUUUCAGAACUUUGUCCCAUAGCUAAGGCAUAACUAGAAGGGUUAUACAACUUGAUGAUCUUUUAGGGAGAUUGUGACAGACAUGGCGGUGUGCAUUCAUGGAACUAAACGGGGAGGUUCUAAAGUAAUGUAGGGCUUUCAUAGCGGUAUCCCUGAAGACAAAGUAUGAGGCUAUUAUUGCCAGAGGAAAUGGGAGCUCAGAUGUUACAGUAGAGAAUGCGUGAUGGCAGCCAUAUUGGUUGCUGUUGGUAGACAGUGGAGGGGCUCGAUGGUUGCCAUGUGAUUGCCAUCUUCGACAUAGGAUUCCUUUUCUCAUAAAAGUGAUCUUUCUUUAAAACUUAGUGUAGGCCGCUGUGCUCGUACCUCCCUGUAGUCCCAGCACUCUGGAGGCAGAGGCGGGGGGCUCACAAGUUCCAUGUUGGCCCUGGCUGCACUGUGGAAUUUUUCACCCAUCUUGGCCCUAAGCUUUCAUGUGAGCAUUAGUCUUAACACUGAUUCUGAUGAGCUUUCUAAUCCAAAGCGGUGAGCUGCAUUUAAACUCAUUGACUCUGGUACAGAAUUGGCAAACAGGGUUAAUAAGCAGCCAAUGUGGGUAUAGGUUCAGGGACUUUUUGUACCUCUUUUGUAUUUUUUCUAUAUGUUUAAAAUUAUAUACAAAGCCACAGGUUAUACAAAUUGCAUUGGCAACUUGAUUGUUCGUCCGUGCUCUGUUUCACCAUUUAAUAAACAUCCCAUUA